AUGGAAAGAUUGCACGCCGCAUAUGAUGACGUAGAUACACUGCUUCUCUUCAUUGGCUACCCCAGAAGUCGCCAUACGCUUGUAUCUGCUCUGUUGGACGCACAUCCCAACAUAAUACUUUCCAACGAGUUAAAUUUGAUAGGAUCCUACAAGAAUAACCCAGACUGGAGGAAAAUAGAGAUGUUUGACAAAAUUGCCAAACGUUCAUACAUGUCGGCCACCUGGGGAAUCCGAGCAAGACAAGCAAAUGGCACAGUUUCCAAUUACGAAAAGCUUGGAUACAAAGUACCAAAUCAGUUUCAAGGAACAUUUGAUCAGAAGCUUAAGGUGUGUUUUUGUAUUUCAUUUCUCAGUUGUGCCUAAUAAACCACCUGGUGACAAGUUUUAAAAGUAUAAGUGUUUGUAACAACAGCCUGGCGUCACUCGCCUUUCACACCACUGGGACAGGUUGAUAAAUGAACAGCAAAGCCCUCACCAUUCUCAAUCCAAGGUCGUCACUGUCGGAAUUUUCUUGGAUUACGGCUGCUAAAACACUGAGAAAUCCGUAUCGCUUACAGACAGUGACGUUCAAACUUUCCUAGAAGGGGAAGAAAACCAAAGUAAGACAAGGAAAACAGAAGGUUACGUAUUCAGUGACUUUGGUAAUGGCAUUUCUCGCGGCUGAGAACGAAAAUUGACAGCUAGAAGAUUUGCCAUAGGCCGAUUCAUGUCGUUCUUUUGUCGGUAUGGACCAAGUCAAUAACUGAGAAUUUUAAUCUUGAAAAUUACGCCCAUUGUUUGUUUUUGUGGUUAUUCAACGAAUGUUAAAUUUUCAUCUUGGUGCACCAACGCGCUUUACGAGUGUUAUCCGGGAUUGUCGAUCCUUUUAUUUUCAUUCAUUAAUAAAGUUGACUUUUCUUGUCUGUAAAGGGCUACUGUAUUUAUAUGAUGAAUAAUGGUAAUAGGACCUAGCGGAGUCCAAUUCGGUCCGUAAUCCUACGAGUAAUUAACAAAAUCGGACGACCGCGAAGCGCGAGUCCGAUUUGGUAAUCACGAGUAUGAUUACAGACAGAAUUGGACGACGCGAAUUCCUGUUACCAAUUAAUCAAAACUAUGGCAAAAUUUGAGAAAGAAACGAGACAUUGGUUAAACGUUUUCAUAAGAAAAAAAACAACAGUUAACUCGGCGAAAUGCGAGACAACAGAGCGCGUACAUGAGGCGUUCUGUCCACUUACACAAGCAUGACGUGUUAAUUGUCACUUUAACUGUCCUAUUACACUGUCCAAUUACAAGCAUAACGCGUACACCUUCCUAUUAGUGUUUAAAUCGGGCUGGUGAUAACCAAUCGUGUUCGAGAACUUUAGUUUUGAUUAAACUCUUUUUCACCUUGCAGAUCCUUGGAGACAAAUUGGGUUGGUUUACAGCUUCCCAUUUGUCUACAGAAGUAGGCAGAGAUUUACUGAAACAACUGGAGGACAAAUUUAACGUCAGGGCAAAAAUUAUUCACGUGGUUAGGAACCCCUUUGACAACAUAUCAACAAUGGCGCUGAGACUGAAAGGAUUAAGAACAGGAGAACAUACAAAAAAGGUGAGCCGAGUACAACAUGAGUUUUUUAUUCUAAGAACAUUCCUGCGAUUAGUUUUUCGCGCAACUUUACGUAUUGAAAUAUCUUUGAAAUCAAGGCUUUGACUUCCCUUCCCCACUAAAGAGAAACAGAAGAUUUGGUUUACUCCUCACAGUAUGAUAUCAUUACAAGACGAACCAAAAAUUUUUAUUGUUACGAUUCUUCGACAAAUCUUUCCCUUUUAAGGUGGCCCAAAAUAGGUUCCUUAUUUUUAAACAUAUAUUCUUUAAUGGAUUGAUACCUAACACAUUUUUGAUCAUUUCUCAACAAGCUAAUAUUUUGUUUUUGAAAAGGAGAGAGAUUACAAUAAAAACAUUUAGCUUCAUACAUGCGAUUUAAAUAAAUAUCGUUAAACCCCCAUUGUUAAUUACUACAUUUCAAUCUACAUAUCAAGUUAAUCUUUCUACAAAGUUUGAAAAAAGGCGAAAUUGUUUUGUGAGCGCCCGCAGACACAUGUGUACGGGGGAAAUUAACGACGGAGUCUAAUGUCAUGCGUUGUAAGCAUACAAUUACUGGAGGUACAGAACCAACCCAACACUUAGAAAAUUUACGGUGGUUUAGCAUCUACAGAGCAGAUUUGUCUGCUUACUCUAGAUUGAAUCAAGUUGUUUCGCGUUAAGCUCGACAUAUGAUUUGAUUCGAUUUAUUAGGUGCAUAUCCCAAAGGCGAUUGAUUACAGUAUAACGCGGUAUUUCUACAUCGCCAAUAAUUGCCAGGCAACAAGGGAGACUCUUGGAGAUCGAAUUAUUGACAUACAAGGGGAAGAAUUUGUUCGGGAGCCAACGAAGUAUCUUCGAAAAAUCUGCGACUUCCUGGAUAUCUCAUGCUCCGAAGAUUAUCUUGGUGACUGUGCGUCAAUGGUUGACCCUGUUCCAUCUAAAACUAGAUCGUUAGUUGUGUGGACGGAAAAGCAGAUCCAAGAAGUCAACAAACUAAUGCAGCCACUAGAAUUCUUGAAAUCGUACACUUUUUAG